GCCUUGGCUACGUGUACAAAUCGAACAAGGUCUGUAUUUAGAAAGUUAAGUUGUCUAACUGCUGUUUUCUGUUCAACCCGGAUAUUGUAACUCGUAUUCACAGAAGUCAUGCAUAUAGCCAAAGUAUUAAUUACUGACAAUAUCGAUGAAAUAUGCACAAAUAGUCUCAGGAGUGCCGGAAUUCACGUGGAUGUGAAAGUUGGAUUGACCAAAGAACAGCUUGUAGCUGACAUUUCGCAGUACGAUGCACUGGUUGUCCGCUCGCAAACGAAGGUCACUGCCGAUGUCAUUCAGGCGGGUAAGCCACAAUUGAAGCUGGUUGGACGUGCUGGCACAGGAGUAGACAACAUUGAUUUGAAGGCUGCCAGUGCAGCUGGUGUUAUGGUGCUUAAUACACCAAUGGGUAACACCAUGAGUGCAGCAGAACACACGUGUGCCAUGAUCAUGGCAUGUUCCAGGAACAUCCCACAAGGUAAUGAGGCUUUGAAAGCUGGCAAUUGGAAGCUGAGAUCAAAAUUAAUGGGCAAUGAACUAUAUGAAAAAACUAUUGGCAUUAUCGGGCUAGGUCGUAUAGGACGUGAGGUGGCUACGCGCAUGCAGGCGUUUGGCAUGAAGACAAUCGGCUACGACCCCCUCGUUCCGCCCCAGGCAAGCAAGGAGUUUGGUGUGGAGGGUUUAUCUCUGGAGCAAAUCUGGCCGCAGGCCGACUACCUCACGAUCCACGUCCCGCUGAUCCCGCAGACAAAGAACCUGCUGUGCGACGACGUCUUCGCCAAGUGCAAGCCCGGCUUCAGGGUCGUCAACGUCGCUCGCGGCGGCGUCGUCGACGAGGACGCGCUCCUGAGGGCGCUACAGUCGGGGCGCUGCGCCGGCGCCGCGCUCGACGUGUUUGCGGAGGAGCCGCCGCAGAACGCGGCGCUGCUGCAGCACCCGCGCAUGGUCGCGACGCCGCACCUAGGCGCCAGCACCGUCGAGGGGCAGCAGAGAUGCGCCGCCGAAAUCGCCGCCGAGGUCGUCAACGCUUCGCAGGGAAAGACGCCGAACGGCAUCGUGAAAGGUUGAGAUGGCGCCACCGGGGCGGCGACCCGGGAAGCGAACGAGAAAUGCAUUGCGGAGCCUCGCCUUGCCGUGCGUUACCUGUAUGUUGAUGAUGCUGGUGGGUUUUGCUGUAACCGGUGACAGGCGAUGCAAACAUGGUAGAGGGGUGGUGUGUAUUUUUUUACAUUUACGGUCGUUAUAACACAUUCCUACGUGUAUGCGUUUUCGACAUACAUGUUCUUUCAUUGGAAAAUGGUUACUCAGGUGGUGUGUACGAAUAUUUGUACACUUGUAUUUUUCAUGGUUUCGUUGACUGUGUGUUGCACCAGUUUUGCAUCUAAAGCAUUAUAUUUGUCUAAAAUUAUGUAUUCCACAACUGUCAAUGCCCAUUGGACUGAAAUUACAUAUUAUAACAAAAACGGGCCUUGCAUGCACUUGUGAUAGGGAUAUUACUUAUACAUUCCACAAAUGUGUGUACAUCAUUCUGUGAUAUGUUACUAGGAACUGGUGUUGCAGAUUAGAGGUCUUAAUUACAAAUGGGUAUCUAGGUGGCCUGGAAUAUUCCUAAUCUUUUGAGUCUAACUGUGAAAUUCCUCACACAUAAUGUAAAGCUUGGUAUAAAGUAUGAUGCAACAAGUGUAUCAAUGGCCACAAUAUUUUCCUGGCUAAUACCAAUUGCUACAGAUCAAUGGUAAAGAAAGUUUUUAUAUAUGUUAUUUGUUUCUAUGAAGUAAACAAGCUUAUUAAUUAUUAUUUCAUUCCUACCUUAUGAACUUAAAAUGUACUGUUUUUUACUGCAUUUUUAAAAUGAGAAAUUGAGAAUUGGAAUGUCAGUUUUCAAAUCAAAAAUAUUUCAAACCACCUUGGUUUGGUUGAAUCUGAGACCUUACAUCAUAUCAAUGUUAUGAAGAUUUAUUUUAAUACUCAUUGCAUGUUGUGUAAUGGUUAAUAUGUGAGAUUAGUUCGACGCAUGUUUAUACUAUGGAAUCGGAGUACAUUGACGAUAUAUUCUCUUAUUCAUGUAGUCAAGAGUCUAUCAAUAUUGAUAUUGAUAUAUCAAUAUUGAUAGACUCCUGAUGUAGUCUUGAAGGUAUGUAUAUUUUAACAGGGUAUUUCUAAACUCUAUUUGGAUAUUUUAAGCAAGUAUACUUUUACUGUUAUUGUAAAGUAUUCUGCGGUAAUUCUGCAAAAUACAACUUGCUUGCAUGUGCCCACACAGUGACACUGCAUGGCCAAGAUAAUCCAAAUCUUCUAAAAGGUCCCAAAAAGUUCCAAAUGAGUAUUUUAUUGUUGAAUUAUGAGUUAUUGAGAACGAAAUUGUAUACUUAAUCAAUGUUAAUGUUUACCCUCACAUCACAAAUUGUUCCUCUGUUUCUUAAUUAGGGACAAUUGAAUUCAAUGGCUAUAUACAUGCUUAAGACACUUCUUAAUAUUAGCAAAAUAGUAUUUCAAGUAUGAAGUAUUCUGAGAAAUAAAUACUUGAACGUGUUAAAAUUAUAUCUGGUGAUAUAUCUGGUAAAAGUUGCAAUGCAUUACUGCAAUGUAAAUGAUGUAAUGGCUUGUACAAUCGUAACAGAUUGUCCACAUAAAACAAAAAUAAAAAUGAAAAUGUAUGCACAAAAACGUUUAUAUGCCAAGAAUUUAUAAUGUUUUCGUGAGGUAACCAAAUUUUAAUAACAUACUCAGUUUUGCAAGAUUUUUCAGAUUAUACGAGGCAAUAAUCAGGU